AUGCUCCUUCCUCAGUACUCUGAUGGAGAAGAUCCUAUUGACGGAUUUCUGCUGCUAGGUCUACUUCCUUUGACGGGAGCAUUUACAUGCCCGGCUAACACUAUCUACCACGAAGAAUUUUCCAGAUGCUACAAAUUCUCUACCGAUCCACUUCCGUUCUACAUGGCCGAAGAGGCCUGUAUCGAUCUUGGCGGGCAUCUCAUAUCUCUGGGAGGGGGACUGGAGAAUGCGAUGGUUGCUGGUAGAGACAGCACAGCAGCAGAAGAUCGGCUCUUCCUACUUCAUCGGCGUCAAUAA